AGAGCAGUGUUGUUCACAGGGAGCAGACAGCAUGCUUGCGCACACAUCUCUGGUUCUGAUUCUGGUUCUGAUGCCCUCGGUUUGGGCUCAGCCGUACCCCAUACCACCAACCUGUUACACUAAAGUGCUGAACAUGGGUAAAGAGAUCACUCAAAGAGCGGCAGAAAUUAAAAAAGACUUCGACACUUUUAGAUGUGCAGCUCACCUGCCCGACCUGUACAUCGAUGUUCAUAACGCUUGUGUAAUGUCCACGAUGAACUCUUACCUGUCUCUGCUGGGCGGCAUGAGAGAACGCCGAUGUUCGUACAACAGGAAAGUGCAAAGCCUAUAUGCUAUGAUUAGGCAACUCUUUAUCAUUAUAUCACAAAAAUGUCACGGGGACUUGGUUUUUACCUAUGAUAACUGUGAAGCAUUACAGCACAGAGGAUGGAGAGGCUGAAAUCACUGGAGGGAGUUUGGAGGAUGAUUGUACAAAGAUCAUAAAGAGCCCUUUACUCAACGUGGUAACAGAUGUUAUUCAUAAUCAGCAGUUUUGAAAAACAUUUGUUUCAACAUUUUUUUUUUUUUAUUGUUUAAAAGUAAAAAGUAACAUUUUUCUUACAUAUAAACGGUCACAUCAUAAUCAUGAUUUCAGGUUUUCCAAAAAAAAAAAAAAAAAAAGUUUUCAAUGUUUUAAUGUUUUUUUUUUUUUUUUAUCACAUGAUAAUAAAAAAGCGUGGUUACUUGUUACAUGACACUGACUUUGAUGGACAAAAUCUUUUCCAAAUAUUAGUAAUAUUACAAAAAUAAAUAUUGACUUCUUUUAUAGGAAUAAUAUUACAAAAUGGCUGCUAAGUUGUUACCCUUAAUUUCACUUUAACCCACAAAAAUAUAAAAAGAAAAUUAUUUAAUAAGUUCAAAACAUGGUUAUCAUAGAAUGUAUGUAUUUAUAAGUGGCAUUUUUAUCUAUUUUCAAAUAACUAAACAUCUAAAUAUCACAUCAUAGACUACAUAUGUGUUAGUGUAGGCCUACAUUUCACAAACAUCUAAUAUUGCAGUUCAGUAAUGUGACAAAAAAAUCUUUAUUUGAAACUUUUUAAAUGUUUAUUGUUUUAAAUGUUGUUUUAUAUUCACUAUAUUCUAUAUAAAGUGUUGUUAUAUACAUUAUAUUUUGAUAUGCCAUAAUGACGUGUUUUCUAUUCUAAAUAAAUAAAAAAAACAUUUUCCACAAAUUCACCACAAGGUGGGGGAUGUGUGCAGCAGCAGUUGUUGUUGUUGUUUAUCAAUAGCCUACUGUUCUUUUUUUCUGUGCGUCUUGACUAGAUUAUUAUAAUAACAUUAUUAAAUACAAAGAUUAAGAUGAAAUAAAUUCAUAAAAAACAUCAAAAA